AUCGAAUGGCGAAAAGGAAAGUUAAUCAGACACCGAGUCCCGCCUUCUGAGAUUGAUGGGUAACCUAGCAACGCAGGAACAGCUGUGGUAACCAAGGACAGAAAAACUUAAAGACCACCGAGCAGGGUGGCCAGACAUAAUCAAAGCAGGAGGCCCAGGGAGCCUACCCAAGUCUCAAUCUGUCAGGGUGUGCAGAGGCAAAGCCCAUAAAAUGGCUCUGGACGUCCUAACUGUGGCCCCCCUCUACCAAGGUCUUGAUAUCAACAAAAUAAGGCUGAUAGCCCAGACAACCAAAAAGUCCACCACCCCGCCGAAAGCCCUGAUCCCCGCCAAGACCAAACUCACCACCAUCGAGACCAAGAGGAUCAUGUCCGUCCUGGACGAGACCAUCCACAAGGUGGAGCUGGUGAGCCUGCUGUCCCACGCGGCGUCCGAUUCCAAGACUUCGGAGGGGAUGCUGGGGCCGGACAUCGCGAAGGCAGUGAGGGAGCACGAGGACCUCUGCCAGACCUUCCUGGGCCGAGUCAGUUACCUGCAGGAGGAAGAAAGGAAACUGAAGGAGGCGGAAGAGUUCGAGGAUGAAGCGUGGUUCCGAGAGCGCCUCUUCGCCAUGGACGUGCAGAAAUCCCAGCUCCCGCCGCUGAUGCAGGGGAUCAAAGAAUCCACCAAGAACAUCGUGAGACUCCUGCUCAGUAACCCCCAGGCCGCCAGCCUGCUGCAGGCGGAGACCUUGGGCAGGAGCAAGGAAGCCCAGUGUUUUAUCGAUAGCCUGGUAGAACUCCGAGGUUUCCUGUUUGAGAAGUUACUCACCAGUCCCAUGGAAGCCAGAGACAAGAUCCAGUUCAUCCAGGACAUCACCCGACGGAAUCGGAGGCACCAAGAGAUCAUUGACACCCUGGAAAAUGAACUGGCCGCCUGUGUGAAGAACAGGAAUGCGGAGGUGGAGAAGGAGAACUUUGUGAUCCAAGAGCUGAAAAACCACCUGCACCAGGUGCUCAGGUUCUCGGAGAACAGCCUCCUGCGCACCAAGCAGGAGGCGGAGAAGCAGCAGAAGGCGGACUUCCGGGCCUCGCAGGCCAGGGUGGCUGCGGUCCAGCAGGAGAUCCUGGUGCUGCAGUCGCAGUUCCACAACCUGGUCAUGGAGAACCGGGACACAGAGCAGGCGCUGAGGAAGAAAAAAUAUAAAGUGGAAACAGAAAUUGAGAACUGGAUCCAGAAAUACGAUUCGGAGAUGAGUGAAAAGCAGGACGAGUACGAGGAGCUGGACAUCAUCCACAAAGAGGAGCAGCUCCAGCUGGAGGAGCUGAAGAAGCGGUACGAUGUGCUGGUGGAAGAGUUCUCCCAGAUCCAGGCCGAGCGCGAGAUCUUGGCCAAGAAGAGGCUAGAGGACGAGCAGGAGAUGGUGCGCAUGGUGCGGGCCGCCACUCUCAUCCAGGCCCUGUGGAAGGGCUACCUGGUCCGCUCCAUGCUCAAGUCCAAGAAGAAGAAGCGGGGCAAGGGCAAAGGAGAGAAGGAGAAAGGCAAGGGCAAAAGAAAGGGCAAGAAGUAAGUCCUCCCUUCGCGCUCGCCAUAAUCUAACCUCUCACUCGAGAGCCUGCCUGGGAAGCCCCUGGGAUGGGGAGCCCCAUGGUUUAUGAUUUUAACGCUUUUUCAAAAUUAAAAACCAUUGUCAAGCA